AUGUCCAGUUGCACCCCCACCUUACCUUACGAGCCACACACUCGACCUCCAGAGCCAGAGCCGCAGGGCGCUGACCCGCGGGGCCGGGCGGCAGCCGUGCCCCCAAGCCGCCCCUCGCCCGCCGCCGAGCCGGGCGGCCGCUGCCCCGCUGCGCUCCGCACACCGACAAGUCGCUCCCGGCCGCGUCAGUCCGCAGGGCCCUGCCUCCGGCCGAAGCGCCUUAACACGGCCAGGGCUGGGCUUGCCGGAAACAGCCUCCAUACCGACGGAAGGCGCGCUCCUCUUUCCUUUCCCCGCCACCCAACCGCCCUCCCACGGUUCCGUCCUCCUGCCCUGACCCGACAGGCCCAAUCUGCAGACAGCGCUGCUCCGGCCUCCGCCGCUCCAUUUCCCUCUCCUCUGGCCCUGACAACUCGGGCUCUUAGCCCUCGGGGGCCGCAAGCCGCUUUUCCGCCAGGAGGAACCAAAGCUCCGCUGAGGAGCGUUUCCAGCCGGGGCCGCUUCCCCUCCGGCCCGGCCUUUCCGCUGCGGAGGAAGCCGCCGGACGGAGAGCUCGGCGUGGCGGGGGGGACAGAGCCAUGGUGGCCGAGCUGGCUCCGCCGCCCCGCGCUGAGGGUGCCGCCGCCGGGCCGCAGCCUCCUCGGGCUCCUCCGCGUGUCGCAGCGGCGCCGGGUCUCGGCGAGGGUGCGGGAUCAGCUCGGCCGCCCGGUCUUCGCUCACCGCGCUGCCUUGUGCCCACAGCCGCAGAACGAGUACAUCGAGCUGCACCGCAAGCGGUAUGGGUACCGCCUGGACUACCACGAGAAGAGGAGGAAGAAGGAGGGCCGCGAGGCUCACGAGCGGUCCCGGAAGGCCAAGAAGAUGAUUGGGCUGAAGGCCAAGCUCUACCACAAGCAGCGGCAUGCCGAGAAGAUACAGAUGAAGAAAACCAUUAAAAUGCACGAAAAGAGAAAUGCAAAGAAAAAGAAUGAUGAAAAAACACCUAAAGGAGCUGUACCAGCAUACCUGCUGGACAGAGAGGGCCAAUCCCGGGCUAAGGUUCUAUCUAACAUGAUCAAACAGAAAAGAAAAGAAAAAGCCGGGAAAUGGGAAGUUCCUGUCCCAAAGGUCCGUGCACAAGGAGAAACUGAAGUUUUAAAAGUGAUUCGUACAGGAAAGAGAAAGAAGAAGGCCUGGAAGAGAAUGGUCACAAAAGUUUGCUUUGUUGGAGAUGGCUUUACCAGGAAGCCUCCUAAAUAUGAGCGAUUCAUUCGACCAAUGGGCUUACGUUUCAAGAAGGCACACGUGACGCAUCCUGAACUUAAAGCUACUUUUUGCCUACCUAUCCUUGGUGUAAAAAAGAAUCCUUCUUCUCCUUUGUAUACCACACUUGGUGUAAUUACCAAGGGUACCAUCAUUGAGGUGAACGUGAGUGAGCUGGGCCUCGUGACACAAGGGGGCAAAGUUAUAUGGGGGAAAUAUGCACAGGUAACAAACAAUCCAGAAAACGAUGGCUGCAUUAAUGCAGUUCUGCUUGUUUAAGUUGUGUUUGAUACUAAACAUUGGACAUGGGCUCCUGCAAAAUCAGUGGAGUUUCAACAAGUUUGCAAGAUCUCUGGAACCUUCAACCAUUCAAGAAUGUUGACCACCACCAGCUGGUAAAGAACUUAAAGAUGCCAGAAACAACUGCUCGGGUUUUUGUAUUUAGUAUGUUUGUUCAGCUGAAUGCUGUCCAAAUAAAAGGAUGCAAUUUUCA